CUCUCUUUCUCUCUCUCAUCCGUCUUUCUUUCUCUUUUUGCCCCUUCUUCCUCCUGACUCGGAAUCUCGAUCUCUCUCACUCAAUCGCAUCCUUGCGUUCGUCUGUCCCGCAUCUCGUCAUCCCUAUCCAAUUCUCUCCUCUUCCUCUGUUUCGUUCGGAGCACGUUCGGAUCCGCGGAUAACGCGCGCGUCCCACCCCGAGCAUGUCGGAGCCGCGUUAAAACCACGCGUGUAACCGUUAAUUCACGCGUCUGUCAGUCGGUCGGCGACAGUCUAACGGAGGUCCACGCGCGCCGCGAGAUCGUCGCACCGACGACGACGUUUACGCGGCCGUCGUCGUCGACCGCACGCAGUGACACGCGCAAGGAGCGGCGGCACCAGCCGCAGCAGCCAAGAACCAACGGCGAGAGACAACUCCUCGCCGGCAAGAAGGGGAGAAGAAACAGCAGCAGCGAGCGCCGUCGUUCCGCCGUCAUCGUCAUCGUCGUCGGCGUGAUGAACGCACAUCCGGGCCGAUGCUCGUCCUCGCGCGUACCCCGUCGUCGGUGAUACGGGGGUACGUCGCGCGCGCGCCGAUUUCACACGACAAACAUGCAUCGAGCAUGCCAUGCGCACUUAACGGGGAGGUAAUCGCGUUGCACACCUGGCGCAACAUGCAUCCUUCCACGCCCUUGCCGCAGCAGCAGCAGCAGCAGCAGCAGCAGCAGCUCGACCAUCUCGCCAGGGAUAUCGAACUGGCCGCAUUCGAUGAGGAAUCUGUCGCAAUUAUGGCAGUUAUCGAACUCGAUGUCUCCACCGAGAGGAGCAAGCGUGGGAUGUAGUUGACACUACCUUCCACCUAGCGAGAGCACGACGACGACGGAGGUGGAGGACGAGGGAGGAGGAGGA